CAUGUGACCGGUGCUGCUCUCUCUCUCUCUGCAGUGUGGGCGCAGUGCCACAUCCUCAGGUGCAACUCGGAGUUCGUGGCCGCCACCCUGGAGCUCGGGGGGGGCCCUGGCGGCGCAGGCGGGCGCAGCACCGCCCCGUACUGCAGCGCCCUGCGCUCCUACGCCCUCUGCACCCGCCGCACGGCCCGCGGCUGCCGUGGCAACCUGGCCUACCACUCGGCCGUGCAGGGCAUCGAGGACCUGCUGAUCCAGAACCGCUGCCCCAAGACGGGCCCCACCGCCCCGCCCCCGGCCCGGGCCCCGCCCCCGGGGGACGCCUGCAGCUACGAGAGGGGCUACCAGCAGAGGGAGGGCCGCCCCCCCGAGUACCUGCACUGCGCCGUCUUCGGGGACCCCCACGUGCGCACGUUCGGGGACGACUUCCAGACCUGCGCGGUGCCCGGCGCCUGGCCGCUCCUGGACAACCGCUUCCUGUUCGUGCAGGCCACCAGCGCGCCUGUGGGCCAGGGCUCGCCCGCCACCGCCCUCAGCAAGGUAGGGGCCCCGUCUGUCUGUCCCCGGACCCCCGGAAUCCCCCCUGCUGCUGCUAGCUCCUUGACGCUGCCCCCCCCCCCAUAGGUGGCUGCUGUAGAUGGCACUGGCGGACCAGUAGGUGGCGCUGUUGCCUUUACACCAGACUUUCCAUGCCUGUGUCCCUGUAUGGUGACUGCAGACACUGUGCCGUCGGAGAUCCUGCGUUUCGGAUUAAAGGACGUUAUUUUAACAUUGA